CCGAGCUUCAACUUACGAAUCCUCGUUCCACCCAAACUAUUCGCAACGCAUGGUACAAAUUGUGGAUGUCAAGCCCAGCAACCGUACUCUCGUCACCACUUGCGACGCGGGCCUAGGUUUUGUAUUGCAACCGAUGCUGUUGGACUGGAGGGUCUCGUCAUCGGAGUUGACGUCAGCUGUGGAAUGCUGGCGGAAGCACACGGACGCCAGAAGUGGGAGCCCGUGCUAGGCUCGAGGAUCAAGUUUGCGAAACAUGAUGUUACUAGCCCGGACAUGCCCGAAGAGUUGACGGGCCUAGACAUGAGGGGGGGCUUUGAUGUCGUGAUCUGUAGCAACGCUUUCGUACUUUUUGACGAGCCUGCCGAAGUUCUGAGGCACUGGAGAGGUUGGUUGAAGGGCUGUGACAGAAUGCUGAUUGAAAUUACGCGUUCAAGGCAUGGUGAUCGAACAUGUAUCGGAUCAGAUGAAUUUGCGGUGGCCUCGAACCGAAGAUGGGUCAAGGGCAAGAAACCCUUCAGAGACUACUGUAAAACGAAGGCAUGGUCAUCUAAAAAAAGGAAAAAAAUAAUAAAAAAUAGCUCUCAUGGACAAGCUUACUGGCACGCCAGUCACGUCCUCUGAUAUUGAUUAGUCGUAUGAACAGUUUGAUUUGAACACCACGGGUUUUGCCAGCUAUACUGAGUGGAGAGUACCCGAUUUGGAGAAGGCAAGGUACCCAUUUCAGAAAGAGUGGGAAGCUCUAGCAGUAAACGGGUAGGUUUGAGUCGUUGGCGCGCCGUG